AUGGUCCGAUCAUACCCCAAUAUUGUGGUGACCGGUACGCCGGGCACCGGCAAGACCACGCUGGCGGCCCAGAUCUGCGAGAUGUUUACCGGUCCGAGCGGCGCGCAUGUCAUGCGGCACAUGGAUGUAGGCCCCCUGGUGAAGCAGCAGGGCUUCCACAAGUCCUACGACGCGGACUGGGAGACGUACGAGGUGGAUGAGGACCAGCUGAUUGACCACCUGGAGCCGCUGUCGGGCGGAAGUGCACCGGAACCGCUCGACGUCGACCCCAGCGCGUGCGAGGACGCGAAAGAGAUCGCCGACGACGACGAGACGCGCGGCGGGCUCGUCCUCGACUGGCACACGUGCGAUGCGUGGCCGGAGCGCUGGGUGGACCUCGUGAUUGUGCUGCGGUGCGACCACCAGCUUUUGUGGAAGCGUCUCGAGAAGCGCAACUAUGCGGAGAAAAAGAUUGCCGAGAACAACGAGGCGGAGAUUAUGGGCGUCGUCGCCGAGGACGCCCAAGAGUCGUACGCGCCCGAGUGCAUCGUCACCCUCCGCAGCGAGAGCGCGGACGAGAUGGAGUCCAACGCCGAGCGCAUUGUCCAGUGGAUCCAUGCCUGGCGCCAGCAGCGCGGAUUGGAGGCCUAG